AUGGCACUCUUUGCAACCAAUAUCCCUAGAAAUCCCACCAUUAAUAUUGGCCUGAAAUUCCCAACUAGAAAACCAUUUGGUCACCUCAAAUUUGUUUCCCGAAACAAUAUAAGGGCCGCCAUUAAUAAUGUUGAAGAUUCAUCAUCUUUUGUCCAACCCCAUUAUCCUCUAUUGAAGUUGGACGAAGAAUUCAUUACCAUGAAGGCAAUAAAGGUUAAUGAAGCAUUAGAAAAGGCCAUGCCCUUGCAACAUCCUGAGGAAAUCCACAAGGCCAUGAGGUAUGCUCUUCUAUCCCACGGAAAACGCAUACGUCCAAUUUUAUGUUUAGCUUCAUGUGAACUAGUAGGAGGCGAUGAGCAUUUAGUAAUGCCAUCAGCUUGUGCUGUCGAAAUGAUUCACGCAACAACGUUGAUUUUCAACAACCUACCGUGCAUGGACAAUGACGAUAUUAGACGUGGAAAGCCCACAACUCAAAAGGUGUUUGGUGAAGAAACUGCAAUUCUUGCUGCUGGUGCCCUUCUCUCCCUUCCCUUCCAGCAUAUAGCAGAGAAAUUAGUUUCCAUCGACCGUGUUGUUAGAACCAUUGUUGAACUGGGUUCUGCUGUUGGCUCGUUGGGGUUUAUGGGGGGACAACUCUUGGAUCUUCGUUGAAAAGGAAAGGAAAUUAGCUUGAAAGAGUUGGAGUAUAUUCAUGUUAAUAAAGCCGCAAAGCUCAUAGAGGCUUCCGUAGUUUGUGGGGCGAUAACUGGAGAAGGGAAUGAAAUGGAAGUUGAGAGGAUGAGGAAGUAUGCUUGGUGUUUAGGGUUGGCAUUUUAGAUCUUAGACGACAUUCAAGGAAUCACAAAGUCGUCCAAGGAAUUAGAAAAGACAGCUAGGAAAGAUUUGGAAAGCGACAAGGCAACUUAUGCCAAGUUCAUGGGGAUUGAAGAGUCUAAAAGGAUUGCAGGGAAGCUUGUAGGUCAAGCAAUGGAGGAGAUUACUCUCUUUGAUGCUUCAAAGGCUGCUCCAUUCUUUUAUUGGGCUGAUUACAUGAUAACAAAACUAGCAGAAUAA